AUGGGCGCUGUGGUGGAGGCUGGGUGCGACUGGGAAUGGGGGGUUGGGCUGUGGAGGCGUUCGCGGUGGAGGAUGAGGAUGGAGGUGCGGUGGGGGCUGAGAUGGUCACGCGGUGAGGCGCUGCAAUCGGAAAAGAUGGAGGCGCGGGUUCUGUGCAAGCUAGGGCUUCAAGAGGAGAGUCAAAGAGCCGGUGAAGGCCACAGGUUAGGGGAAAGGGAAGGAGAGUGGGCGGCAAGCUGGCGGUGGUCAAACUGGUUUGCGGAAAAUAUGGGGAAAGCUGAUGUUGAUGGAACCUUGGUGAAGAAGGCGCAAAGGUUGUCUAGGAGAUGGAAGGGUAGUUGUGGGGUGAUUUUGGAGGUGGAGAGGCUUGAGAGUGGAGGCAAGCCAAAGUUAGUCGUGCGGGUGAAGGGGGUCGUCGUGAGAGUGGAAGGUGGGGCAGCGAGGAGAAAAGGGGACAAGGUUUGCGUGAGAUGGGGCAGUUGA